AUGGCUUGUGCGCAGACUGGAACCGGCGAAACCGCGGCCUUUCUUAUACCCAUUAUCAAUCUGUUGCUGAAUGAUAAUGCUGAAGCAUCGAUUGGUACGCCACACGCUUUGGUUGUGUCGCCUACACGCGAAUUUGCUAUCCAUAUAUUCAAUGAGCCACGUAAAUUUGCCUUACGUUCGUAUUUAAAUAUACGUAUCGUUUGCGGGGGUACUUCGUCCAAAUAUCAAAGUGAAAAUAUGGUCAAGGGUACAUGCCAAAUAUUAAUUUCCACUCCGGGCCGUUUAAUGGAUUUUGUGGAAAUAUGUUUUAUUGUGCCUCAUGUCGGAUGUUACCGUCAAAUUAUUGCGCCGUAA